UCACACAUGAAGCCGGAAGUAACCGCGAGCCGGAAGUUUCAGAGGCUGCGCUGAGGAAGGGGGGGAGGGGAGCAAGAGAAAAGCAGGGUAGGAUGGCUGCUCAAAUUCCAAUUGUGGCAGCCCCUUCCACUCCAGGGAUAGCUCGGAACAGCAAGAAGAGGCCAGCCAGCCCUUCCCACAACGGCAGCAGCGGAGGGGGAUACGGCGCCAGCAAGAAGAAAAAAGUAUCCAGCUCUGGCUUUGCGCAGGGUGUCAGCAUGGAAACCAUGAGUGAGAAUAAAGUGGUGUCCUCUGAGUUUAGCACAGGACCUGUGGAAAAAGCUGCCAAACCUUUGCCAUUUAAGGAUCCCAACUUUGUGCACUCUGGCCAUGGUGGUGCAGUAGCUGGCAAGAAGAACAGAACCUGGAAGAACCUGAAACAGAUUCUCGCUGCUGAAAGGGCAUUGCCUUGGCAACUGAACGAUCCUAACUACUUCAGUAUUGAUGCCCCUCCAUCCUUUAAACCAGCUAAGAAGUAUUCUGAUGUUUCAGGCCUCCUUGCGAACUACACAGACCCACAGAGCAAGCUGCGGUUCAGCACCAUCGAAGAGUUUUCCUAUAUUCGGAGGCUGCCCUCCGACGUCAUCACUGGCUACCUGGCCCUCAGGAAGGCCACCAGCAUUGUUCCCUGAGCCUGAGGAAUGGAGACAAAGUGGAAACUGCUUCAAAGGCAGACUUUGGACUCAUGAUUUUGUUUCAUGGAAACAAACUCAUUCUGCUGUCAAUCUGAAAAUGUCAGUGCUGUGCCUUGGAAAGAAUGUUUGGCUUUAACUUGAGUUUUUUCUGUGUUUUUCCUCCAAGUGUGAUAUUUCCUGUUGAAUUAAAUUAUACUUCAGUUAUUGCCGCAAAUAAAAUUGUUUGACAAGAAAAUACAA